AGUGAUCCCACCUGAUCCAGAUCCAGCUCCCAGCAUGUCCUUCAGCAGCAGAUCCUACGGCCAGAGGACCAUGAGUGUCCACGGAGGAGCAGGCGGCCGUGGCACCCGCAUCUCCUCAUCCCAGCAGCAGAACUUCGGACCCUCCUCCUACUCCGCCGGAGGCUUCAACCUGGCCGAUGGCUUGGACCUACAUGUCGGGGCCAACGAGAAGGCCACCAUGCAGAACCUGAACGACCGUCUGUCCUCCUACCUGGAGAAGGUGCGCACCCUGGAGAAGGAGAACGACACGCUGGAGAGGCAGAUCAGAGAGUGGUACGAGAAGAGAGCGGUCAUCUCCCACGACUACAGCAAAUACUUCGCCACCAUCGAAGACCUGAAAGACAAAAUUCGUUUAGCCUCUCGGGUUAAUUCAAAGACAAUGCUGGACAUCGACAAUGCAAAACUGGCUGCUGACGAUUUCAAAAUGAAGUAUGAGAACGAGCUGGCCAUGAGGAUGGCCGCGGAGGCGGACAUCAGUGGACUGAAGAGGGUGCUGGAUGAGAUGAACAUGGUCAGAAUGGACCUGGAGAAUCAGUGCGAGAGCCUGAAGGAAGAGCUCAUCAUGCUCAAGAGGAACCACGAAGAGGAGCUGAUUCUGCUGAGGAGCCAGAUGGGCGGACAGGUCAAUGUGUCCGUGGAUGCUCGUCCCGGGACCGACCUGAACAGCGUUAUGUCAGAGAUCAGGGAACACUAUGAGAGCGUGAUCGCAAAGAAUAGCAAGGAGCUUGAGGCGUGGUACCAGAACAAGAUGGCAGCAGUGGAGCUGGACGUGAUGACAAACACAGAGACUAUAAUGACGUCCCACACGGAGAUCAAGGAGCUGAAUAGCACCCUCCAGAGGCUUCAGAUUGAACUGCAGUCCCAUUUGAGCAUGAAAGCAUCGCUAGAAGGCUCCCUGGCAGAGACCCAUGCGCGUUAUUCUGCACAGCUAAGUGGCCUCCAGAACAUGGUCACAAGCCUGGAGGCUCAGCUGUCCCAGCUGCACGCCAGCAUCACCCAGAACAAGCAGGAGUACGACAUGCUGCUCGACCUCAAGACCCGGCUGCAGAUGGAGAUCACAGAGUACAGGAGGUUGUUGGAUGGAGAGGAUGACAGCUCAAGACAAGUUGUCACAAAAACCAUCAUAGUGGUGGAAACAGUUGUGGAUGGAAAGGUGGUCCAGACCAGCAGGACCGUUGAUGUGAAUGUGGAUGAGAUCGAGUGAUAAACUGGAAGAAUUAUCAAAAAGUUCAAUAAAGAUCAUAAAGUAGAAUUAAAUGUU